AUGGAGUACUUUGACCUCCUGCCCUUCCUGUUUGCCACUAAGGAAAUCAAUAAAGACCCCAGUCUCCUACCCAACAUCACUCUGGGGUACACCGUCUAUGAGAACUAUUUCAAUGCAAGAAUGACUUAUGAGGCAGAGAUAGACCUGCUGUCUGGUGGGCAGAAGAAUGUUCCAAACUACAGCUGUGGAGGAAGGAACAAUCUCUUGGCUGUUCUUGAGGGGGCCGACUCUGAAACCUCCAGCCAGAUUGCAGACCUGUUAAGCAUCUACAAAUUGUCACAGAUCAGUUAUAGUUUUGAUCAUCGUUUUCCCACAGAUGAAACUCAUCACCCUUUUUUCUACCAGUUGGCCUCCAAACAAGAAUCAUAUUUCAUGGGGAUUAUCAAGAUGCUCCUGCAUUUCAGAUGGACGUGGGUUGGUCUCCUUGCUCCAGACAAUGUUAGAGGAGAAAGAUUCCUGAAGACCUUGACCCCUGUGAUCAUCAGGAGUGGGAUUUGCAUUGCCUUCACAGACACCAUCCCAGAACUGAAACUAUACAAUAUGAAUUUGCGCACAUAUUCAUUUCUCAUACAGAGAAAAUGUAAUGUAUCUGUUUUCCAUGGAGAUUCCCUCUCCAUAAUGGGUGUUGGAUUUAUAAUAAAAUAUGUUGAACAAGACACAAAAUCCCCUUUGGGGAAAGUUUGGAUCACAGCAGUCCUGCAUGAUCUCAGCAUGAGGUGGUUUUUCAAAUACUUUGAUACCCACCACAUCCAUGGUUCUUUCUCCUUUUUGAUCCGGACAAGCAUCAAGACCACAUAUGACAAUUUCAAAUCAUUUCUCUCUACCAUCAAUAAAAUAGGAGAGGAAGCAUUUCAUUGUUCAUAUUUUAAUCAUGGUUGGUCUGUGAAAGGCUGGAUAAGAUGCAGAGAGAAAGAGGAAGUGGAAACUCCAUCUCAGGAUGAGCUUGAAAGUAUCCUGUCUCAAGACAGCUAUUCCAUCUACAACUCCGUCCAAUUGGUGGCACAAGCCUUGAAUGCUGCCUACUUGUCGAGAUCUAAUCAGAUUUUGAAGAGUGACCGGCUGGGACUUCGGAAAGCUCAGCCAUGGCAGCUUCAUCCUUUCCUGAGAAACUUCUGGUUUUACAGUAAUUCCAUGAAAGGAGUUUAUUUUGAUGAAAAUGGGGACAUGGAAGUCGACUUUGAUAUAGUGAACUGGGUGGUGAUGCCCAAUCGGUCUAUUGUUAGAGUUCAAGUUGGGAGUAUAGAGAGACAAACAUCUUCUCCAGAGAUAAAGUUCACCAUGAAUCAGGAUGCCAUUGUGUGGCCCAGAUGGUUUAAUGAGACCCUGCCUCUUUCUAGGUGCACUGAGAACUGUCCACCUGGAUACACCAAGGUGAUUAAGGAAGGAGAACCUAUUUGCUGCUAUGACUGUUCUCUGUGUGUGGAAGGGACAGUCUCCACUCAGGAAGAUGCAAGUCAUUGUGAUAAAUGUCCAGAAGAUCAGCAUCCAAACAAGGUCCAAGAUCAAUGUGUUCCUAAGGAAUUAACCUUCCUGUCCUAUCAAGAACCUUUGGGGAUCAUCCUAAGUUUCCUUACUCUUUUCUUCACCUUGAUUACCAUGUUUGUUUUGGGAAUCUUCAUUAAAUACUUAGAAACUCCAGUUGUCAAAGCCAACAAUCGGGACCUUUCCUACGUUCUCCUCAUCACCCUCCUGCUUUCCUUUUUGUCCUCUUUUCUCUUCAUUGGUCAGCCCCAGAAGGUGACCUGCCUCCUCCGACAAACUGCCUUCAGCAUCAUCUUCUCUGUUGCCGUCUCUUCUGUGUUGGCAAAAACUGUCACUGUGGUGGUGGCCUUCAUGGCCUCAAGGCCAGGCAGCAGGAUGAGGAACUGGCUGGGGAAGAGCUUGGCCAUCUUCAUUGUCCUUUCCUCUUCCAAUAUCCAAACGACUCAUGUUUAUCUCAGUGUGCCUGUGCGGGUGCACCAGGAUAAAAAGUGUGCUGUCAAACACCACCUUGGGAGAGCACUGCUGCUGGUGGAUGGCCAGGUGAGACUGCCCAGUCAUCUGCCGCCAGGCUACGUAGUCCAGCUGGAAGAGGAGGGCGGUGAAUGA